UCCCACCGCUAUAUACCGCCAUAUUGUUUGCGGCAGUCGCGCACGUAAUUGGUCUGUCUCGUACGUGAUCUUGUGGGUUUUUCUCUUCUUCGAUAAGCCCCAUUGGGAAAGUUUGCAAACAUUUCGCGAAAAAGCAACAUGAAGAAAACUAAGGAUGUAUCAGACGAGGACGAAUAUUCCGCGGAUGAUCCAGAAGAAGUAGAAGGAGCCUCUGAAGAAGAGUGGACUCCCGAGGCCGGAGCCGAAAGCGUUGCCAAAAAAAGACCACAAAGAGAAGCUGCUAAAAAGCGGCAACACUCGGAAGAAGAGGAAGAUGAAGAAGAAGAAGAGGAAGAUGAAGAGGAUGAUGAAGAGGACGAGGAAUCUGAUUCAGACACAGGAAAGAAACCUAAAAGAAAAAGGCGGUCCAAGAAAGAUGAAGACGAAAAAGAAGAUGAAGAUGAAGAUUCUGAUGAUAAUAGCUUUAACGAAUCAUCGGGAGAAACGCCAAAAGAUUUUACUUCUGGUGCAUUCGUUGUUGCAAAAGCUGAUAUUGGUGGGAAUACGGAUCCAACAUUGUGGAGGAUAGAUGGAAAAGCAUUACUACAAAAAUUUUUACCCUUCAAAGAGGAUGGAAAGACAUUGUAUAAAAGUACAUCGACGUAUUCUGGAUGGUCAGUAAAUAAUAAAGAUAAAUAUUUGGCUGCACAAGUUACUUUCAAAGUGCAAAGUAGAACUGAAACAAUUGUUGAACUUCGCCUCGAUCAACAGCAACAGGAAGUUGUAAAAGAAGAAAAAGAAGACUAAAUAUAGAUCAUGUUUGAUCAUAUUUGUUUAUAUACAUUUUAAGGUAUGCUAAGGAAGAAUACAUCUACAUUCACAGGUACACAUCAACAUUACACAGACAUAUUACAUGAAUACAUGGAUGCAGUUUACAAAAUGAUAUUCUAGCAGAUUCGUGUUUAAAAAUAAGAUUGAGUGGACCAUGGAUCUCAGUUCUUUACUAAAGGUAGCUUUAUGUAUAAUUGAUAAUUCUAUAAAACACUUAUAUCUGUUUCAAUUAACAAUCAAGCUAUCUAAAAAUCUGUAACAAUUGUUUCCUUAAAAGGUACGAUAUCCACU